UUCACUAUGGUAGACUGGAAUAACAGUGAUACUAUGGAGCCCACAUUCAUCCUGAGGGGUUUUCCUGGACUGGAGAAUGUUCAUUCUUGGCUCUCAAUCCUCUUUUGUCUUGCAUAUUUGGUAGCGUUUAUGGGUAAUGUUACCAUUCUCUCUGUCAUUUGGAUGGAAUCCUCACUCCAUCAGCCCAUGUAUUACUUUAUUUCAAUCUUGGCAGUGAAUGACCUGGGGAUGUCCCUGUCCACACUUCCCACCAUGCUUGCUGUGUUAUGGUUGGAUGCUCCAGAGAUCCAGGCAAGUACUUGCUAUGCUCAGCUGUUCUUCAUCCACACAUUCACAUUUCUGGAGUCCUCAGUGUUGCUGGCCAUGGCCUUUGACCGUUUUGUUGCUAUCUGCCAUCCACUGCACUACCCCACCAUCCUCACCAACAGUGUAAUUGGAAAAAUUGGUUUGGCCUCCUUACUACGAAGCUUGGGAGUUGUACUUCCAACACCUUUACUACUGAGACACUAUCACUACUGCCAUGGCAAUGCCCUCUCUCAUGCCUUCUGUUUGCACCAGGAUGUUCUAAGAUUAUCUUGUACAGAUGCCAAGAUCAACAGCAUUUAUGGGCUUUGUGUAGUCAUUGCCACACUAGGUGUGGAUUCAAUCUUCAUAGUUCUUUCUUAUGUUCUGAUUGUUAAUACUGUGCUGGGUAUUGCAUCUCGUGAAGAACAGCUAAAGGCAUUCAACACAUGUGUAUCCCAUAUCUGUGUGGUGCUCAUCUUCUUUGUGCCAGUUAUUGGGGUGUCAAUGGUCCAUCGAUUUGGGAAGCAUCUAUCUCCCAUAGUCCACGUCCUCAUGGCAGAUAUCUACCUUCUUCUUCCCCCAGUCCUUAACCCUAUUGUCUAUAGUGUCAGAACAAAGCAGGUUCGUCUAGGAAUUCUCUGGAAGUUUGGUCUAAAGAGGAGGUAUUAAGUCACCUCUAGCCUCCAACUUUUCCACUGAAAAUGUCAUGGAAGCUAUUUUAGUAUAUGAAAAGUAAAAUAUCUGGGUGUUGCUCAUCUGGUUAAAAUCCUAAUUCUUUCACUUUUUAUACAUGUAAUUUUGGUUAAUCUUUAACCUAUAUGAAACUCAGGAUUUUUUUUGGACAAAUUGUGACAACUAUGGUCUUAUGUAUUCUCCAGAUCAUUACAAGACUUAAAAUAGACAGCGUAUGUGUUUUUGAAGACUAUACAAAUGUAUUAAUGUUAUUAAGUUGUCAUUGUUGUUAAUGAUAAUAAUAGCAGUAUCUUUCCUUAUUAAAUGCAACUAUGUUUAUAUUGUUUCUCAUGUUAAUUAUCUAAAACUCAGAAAUCCAUCUCUGUCUCUUUUACUAAUACUGCUGCCCAUAAUUUGUUUUUCAUGCUAUAAUGUCAUAACCGUUGAUGAAAAAUUUCUGAGUUCUUAGGGCAGGUUUGGAGCUUGAGUUCCUGACAGGACUUUGAACUACUGCUGUGGCUGUUUGCUAUGUAGAAAUUCUAAUCUCAUAACUUAGUGAUGUGCCCUUUCUCUCAUUGCUAUUCCAGAUCUAUCAUCUUCUUCUAUUUGCCAGCAAAUACUGAGUUAGAUAUGGGAGAGCAUUAAGAAAUACAGGUUUAGUCACUUGUCACUUGCAAAAUCAAAUAACAAGAACAAGGAUGGUAAAAAGAAAGUGACUAUUCCAGAGCUUAGUGAUGAGUAAGGGCCAGAUUUGUACUGAAAAGAGCCACUUCAGCUUUCUGGGAAGAAAACAAGGUUUUAAGAAAAGAAAUUUUGGUAUGCAGGCCAUGCAAAAGGCACAUGGACUUGUGGAGUCUAUAUGACUUGCUCAUGGCUGUCUAUCUUGAGUCAUCUGGUGGGUCAUCCAGUGGUCGGCCUGUAGGGGAGAAUUUGGUAGGGUGCUUGGUUUCUUUGAAGACUUGUUCUAUGGAACUUCUAGGCAAACAUAGAGUUAGAUAAGCUGGUUGUUGCAGGUGGUUUGGCCAGUGGAAAGAAAGGAAUGUAAAGGUUGUAAUUGCAUUCCUAAAGCCUAAAGAGCUAAUAGGUAAGGGAAAAGGGGAAAAAAUGAUAAAAAAAAAAAUAGAUUUUU